GUUAGUUGCUGUUAUAGGGGAACUAGAUUACUAGGGAUUUGUUUUUUAUUAUAAACCUGCUUGUAAUGACGUGUAAGGAGAAGCUGUUGUGGUGAUCCCGAGCUCCCCGUGUGUGCUUGUAGUCAGUCGGUGAGAGAAGGCCCGGGAUGGCGCAAUGCCUCCUCUCCGUGCAUGAGUUCCUGCAGGACUGCUUCAUCCCGCAGGUGGCCGCUCUGUGUAGCGAUGAGGCGGAGAAAACGGCCAGGAAGAACCAGCUCAGCUUCUGCGAGCUCGUCAGACCUUUCUGUAGACUGAGCACUGAAGGUCAUAUGCGUGAUCCGAACAACCAGCUUCAUGUGAUCAAAAAUAUAAAGAUAGCAGUGAAUAAUAUUGUCACUCAGUUACCACAACAAGGAGCAAUUAGAAAACUAUUAAAUGAUGUUGUUUCAACUUGUCAGCCUGCAGAGGGUUUAGUUCCCAAUGUGAUUACAGCAGGUGAUUACGACCUUAACAUCAGUGAUCGUUCUCUUAAAGCUAGUGUCCCUUGGUACAGUAAUUGGAAAGGCACAAUGACGGAGCUCACCAAGUCCAGGUUUUAUUCAGCAACUACAUCAUGGUUUGAGUCUUACCGAGAGACCUUUUUCCAGUGCAUGCCGGCCUCUGAUCAUGAAUUCUUAAACCACUAUUUAGCUUGCAUGCUGGUAGUUUCCUCACAUGAACCAGAACCUGUGGAACAGUUUCUUAAGUUGUCACAAGAACAACAUCGGAUUCAGCACAGUAAUGAUUAUUCCUAUCCUAAAUGGUUUACUCCCAACACUCUUAAGUAUUAUGUCUUGCUUCAUGAUGUUAGUGAAGGGGAUGAGCAAAGGGCUGAUUCAAUAUAUGAGGAUAUGAUUCAAAGAUAUGGAACUCAGGGCUGCUAUUUACUCAAAAUUAAUUCUCGAACAUCCAGCAAAGGAGUGGAUGAGCAGAUUCCAGAUCCUUGGAGUCAGUAUAUUCAGAAAAAUAGCAUCCAAAACCAGGAUUCCUAUGAAGAUGGGUCUUACACAGCUGUAUCCAAUAAAAAUUCAGACAAUGUAAUAUCUUUGGAUGGAUUAGAACAUUCUAUGAAAGAGACUCUGUCGAAUAAUUUUAAAACGCAUCCUCUUCAGCUUGACCAGUUUGGGGACUCCUGCAGUAAUAGUUAUGAUGGUCUUGACAAUUGUAAACCAUCCAACAAUGAUAUGAAAAAGUCAGUUGCUGGUACCUUGCACGGCACCUGUUUAACUCUUACAGACCAUGAUCGAAUUAGACAGUUCAUACAGGAGUUCACAUUCAGAGGGCUCUUACCACAUAUAGAGAAGACAAUAAGACAACUGAAUGAUCAGUUGAUAUCGAGGAAGGGACUGAGCCGGUCACUGUUUUCAGCCACAAAAAAAUGGUUCAGUGGUAGUAAAGUCCCAGAGAAAAACAUUAAUGAACUGAAAAACACUUCAGGAUUGUUAUAUCCACCAGAGGCUCCAGAACUUCAAAUUCGGAAAAUGGCAGAUCUUUGUUUUCUGGUGCAACAUUAUGACUUGGCUUACAGCUGCUACCACACUGCAAAGAAGGAUUUCCUGAGUGAUCAAGCUAUGCUUUAUGCUGCAGGGGCAUUGGAAAUGGCUGCUGUAUCGGCUUUUCUUCAAACUAGUGCACCAAGGCCGUACCCUGCCCACUAUAUGGACACUGCAAUACAGACAUACAGAGAUAUAUGCAAAAAUAUGAUGCUUGCUGAAAGGUGUGUCCUUCUAAGUGCUGAAAUUUUGAAAAGUCAAGGUAAAUAUUCGGAAGCUGCUGCACUUUUGAUACGUCUCACAAGUGAGGAUUCUGAUCUUCGAAGCGCACUCCUCUUAGAACAGGCAGCUCAUUGCUUUAUUAAUAUGAAGAGUCCUAUGGUGAGGAAGUUUUCUUUCCACAUGAUACUGUCUGGCCAUCGUUUUAGUAAAUCAGGGCAGAAAAAACAUGCCUUGCGUUGCUAUUGUCAAGCAAUGCAGGUUUACAAAGGGAAAGGAUGGUCUCUUGCUGAGGAUCAUAUAAACUUUACUAUUGGUCGCCAGUCAUUUACACUUCGCCAGCUUGAGAAUUCUGUGUCUGCAUUUAGACAUAUUUUAAUUAAUGAUAGCAAGCAACCUGCGUCACAGCAAGCAGCAUUUCUUCGAGAAUAUUUAUAUGUUUAUAAGAAUGUAUGCCAGCAAUCUCCUGAAAGCCCAUUACCUCAACUUCCGUUACCAUACAUCAAUAGCUCAGGCACUCGAGUCUUCUUUGGACACGAUAGGCAACAAUCAGAAGGUGAAAAGCAAGCAGCUACCCAUGUAAGCCUUGAUCAAGAAUAUGAUGGUGAUUCUUCAGCUCAAUGGAAAGAACUGGAAGAGCAAGUUGUAUCUGUUGUUAACAGAGGUGCAUUGCCUCUAAAUUUCCAGCCAACACAGUAUUGUUUAAGCAGCAAUUCUGAUAAUUCUAAAUUUCCCCUUGCUGUGGUAAAAGAGCCAAUAACAGUGGAGGUGUCUUUCAAGAACCCUUUAAAAGUUCCACUUUUAUUGACUGAUUUGUCCUUGCUGUGGAAAUUCCACCCAAAAGACUUUAGUGAAAAACACAACGGAGAAGUUAAAGAACCAGUCAGCAAUGAAAGAGAUUUGAUCACAAAGGGGAAAUGCAGUAAUGAUAUUAUAGGAACUGAAGAGAUAAGUGAAUUUUUGAUCAGCAAUGAAGAAACUAAAAUUGCACGAUUAAAGUUAUUUCCUUAUGAAACAGGAGAAUUGCAUAUCCUUGGUAUCGUCUAUAAUCUCAGCACUGUUCAGAAUACUAGUAACCUGGAUGGCGUAGCGCCUGUCAGUGGCGUCCCAGCAAGCAAAUUUGUUUCUAAUGGAAUGUCAGUGAGAGGGCGUCAGGAUUUAGAAAUACAAGGUCCUCGACUGAAUUCUACAAAGGAAGAAAAAACAUCUAUUCAGUACGGACCUGAUCGUCGUCUAGAUCCAAUAAUUACACCCCAAAUGCCUUUGCUGGAGGUGUUCUUCAUAAACUUUCCCACUGGCUUGCUCUGUGGAGAGAUCAGGAAAGCACAUGUUGAAUUUGUAAAUGUGAGCAAAUGUUCACUCACAGGACUAAGAGUUGUUUCCAGACGGCCAGAGUUUUUCACAUUUGGCAGCAAUACAGCAGCAUUAACACCACUUAGUCCCUCUGCCUCAGUUAACUGCAGUGCCUAUAAAACUGUAGUGACGGACUCUACCUCUGCAUGCUCUGUUCUUACAUCAUCUGCUGCUCCAACGGACUUUGGCAAUUGUAAUGGAAACCAGCCUGAUGUUGUAGAUAUUCCACUCACAGACUCAGUCCUCGCACCUGGUGCUUCAGUCCAACUUCCUCUUUGGUUACGGGGACCAGAUGAAGAAGGUGUUCAUGAGAUAAACUUUUUGUUUUACUACGAAAGCACAGAAAAACAUUCUAGAAUGAGACAUAGGGUCCUGAGACACACUGCCAUUAUAUGCACCAGUAGAUCACUAAAUGUGCGAGCAUCAAUCUCCAGAAGCAAUGCACUUGAGGAUGAGGAAAGCAAAGGUGGCAAUAUGUUAGUAUUUGUGGAUGUGGAAAAUAUGAACACUAGUGAAGCAGGCGUAAAAGAAUUCCAUAUAGUGCAAGUAUCAAGUAGCAGUAAAAACUGGAAGCUGCAGAAAUCUGUGAAUCCUACAGAAGAUAAAGAUACAAAAUUAACCAGCAGGGAAAGGGCUAAACUGUGCUUCAAAGCCGUAAGAUGCAAAUCCUCCCAAGAUGAAAUAACAUCUUUAGAAAGAUACACAUUUGGUGACAUUGUUUUGGGGGAUGAACAAAUAAUUAGUUCAACAACUCCAUGUGCAGACUUUUUUUUCCGAAGCUGCUUAUGUUCAGAACUUAAGAAAACCCAGGCUCUGAACACAGAUUCAGCGGGGAAAUUUGCUCCUGAUGGGACUGUCCGAUUAAUACAGAAGUGCAGUGAAGUGAACCUUAAUAUAAUUGUACUAUGGAAGGCAUAUGUUAUUGAAGAUAAUAAGCAGCUCAUUUUGGAAGGUCAGCAUCAUGUGUCUCUAAGCACCAUUGGAACAGAAGCUGUCUCUUUUCCUCAAAAGCAAGAACAGCCAGAAAUAGUGCUAUUAAAAUUUAACCGAUCUGAAAACAGCGGUACACCUCCUAGGCCGUCAGCAGAGCAGCUCUCCAAUCUAAUAAAAACAAGCCUUCAAUACCCAGAAUUUUUCAAUCACCCGUUCCAUCAAAAAAGCCUUUGCUUGGUACCAGUCACCCUUGUGCUCUCUAAUAGUUCUCAGGCUGUUGUUGAUGUUAUAGUAGACCUCAGGCAUAAGGCAACAAGUCCUGAAGCUCUGGAUGUCCACGGCUCUUUCACAUGGCUUGGGCAGACCCAGUACAAACUCCAGCUAAAAAGUCACGAGAUAUUUAGUCUGCAGCUUAAGGCUUGCUUUGUGCAUACAGGAAUUUACAACCUUGGAACUCCUCGAGUGUUUGCAAAGCUGGCGAACCAAGUCACACUAUAUGAAGCAAACCAGCAGAGCUCCAUGCCAGCUCUUAUUGUCAUUAAUAGUGUUUGACUGCUCUCCUGUCAACAUUAAUGGAUCAAGCAUAACUAUUUUAAUAUUAGAUUAACAAUGUUAUGGAGGACGUGGGGGAAACCUACACUUCUCUCUGAUCUAAUAGAAGUUAAAUCUGUUUCACUAUUUAGAUUUCUUUAUGCAAAAUAUUCAGGGCUGAUAUACGCUCCCUACCUUUAUUUUUGUUUCUAUGGCAUCUGUAUAAACAGCUCUAUUUUAAUUUUGCACAGGAAAAUAACAUCUGUAUGGUAAAAUAUUAAAACUUUGUUGAGUGCAUUCAUUUGGGCAUAUACAAAGUGGUUCAGAUGUUUCCCUUGUUUAUAAAAAGUAUGUUAUAAUGUAUCCCAAAUUUCUGUAAGGUGUGUUCAUGUCAUUUUACAGUUUGAUUUUCACAAUUCUUUCAAACCUAAAUAGAAAGUGUUGGCCAUUAUAUUGUGAGGUUUGAAACGCAGAUUGCGUAUGGUAUAUAAGCUUAAUUUAAUGAAUAUUUGGCAGUCCUUUUUGUUAACCGUUUUAAUUCAUCUCAGUACUGAAUGCACUAUUUCACUACCUUGACAUUAUCGUUCAAAUUGAGUUUUUCACUUUAAUAUGUCAUGCUAACAAUUGAGUCAAAUGCCUCAAUUUAAACAUAAACUUUUCAAUAAAUGAUGUAUUAUAUUUAUAACAAAUGUAUUGUAAAUAGAAUAAAACAUAUGCCAUAUUUGCUGUUUAAAGACUUUUCUUGCAUAUAGGCUAUAUCAAAUGGCCAUAAUAUAUACUACUUGUUGCUUAAUGAUGUUAACAAUAUUAAAUAAUGUAUAUAUGACAUUAAAAGUUUUAACAAGUCUGUGAGUAAACAAAUGUAAUAUUUUUUACAAUA